AUGCAGCAUUCAUCAGUUUCACCUUUAAACACGUCUAAAAGCAAGACACUAUAUUCUUUCACUAAGCAAUCUCGCUUCCCUAAGGCUUCAGGACCUUAGUAAAAUAUUAAAUUCCUUAUCUCUAUUAGUUGUGACUCUGUCUACAAUAUCCCAACAAGUUUUUCAAAGAGAUCAACAUCAAUAGGCUAUGGAAAGAGAUUUGGCGAUCUGAUUAGGACAACAGUGGCUCCAAGUCCUCAACUUUACAACAUUCCCUCAACAAAAGACACAAAAUAAUAUACAUUUGGUGUUUCCAGAGAUAAGUUCGACAAUGUGUAUAUUAGGGAAAAUCCGCCAAGAGAUAAAAGUGUGCCUGGACCUGCAAUGUAUCAAAUCAAGUCUGAUUACACUUUGACAUCUGCAGCUGCGUACUCAAUGAGACCUAAUAGUCACUAUGCAUCAAUGUUUAACGACCCUACUGUAAAAUUCCCAGGUCCAGGCACUUAUGACGGCUAGGCUGCGACUGAAAACAAAAACGGAUAUACUAUAUAUUCUAAAUUUAGAUCUCCUGGAGGAGCAAUAAUAUCUAAAACUGGAGAGAGAUUUGAUUUGAGACAGCAUAGGAAAUCAGUCGAUAUUCCAGGACCAGGGUCAUAUCAAUUGACUCACUUAGGUCCAUCAAUGCAGAAAAAUUUUGGAGCAGUAGUAUUUGGCAAAUCAAGACGCUUAGUAGAAACUAAGGAAACCAUCAAAUAUACGCCAGGACCUGGGACAUAUAGAAUUCAGAGUGACUUCGGAUUUUAUAAUCCAUCUGAUGCCUUAGGGUCAAGUUUUAGUAGGACACAAAGUAAGAUGUAAAAGACUACUCAGUGA